AACCGGAAAAGCAUUGAAUGCUUACCAGUAGCGAGCUAGCCUAAUCCUCUCUCCACUGCCUGUCGGUGUUGCCAACAAAUUCCGGCUAGUCAUGGGCAUGCUGAGCUGCUAUAUGUUGUGACAACCGACGCCGCGAUGAUGAACGACAUCUCCGAGGAGCCGGAGAAGGACAACUUGCUCGAAGAGGCUCCGAGUUUGACGGUGCCCGGUAGUGGCGCAAGGCCCAAAAGCAGCGAUGGAGGCAUCAGGUCGACGGAGAAGAGAGGACCUUACAUCAUGUCCAGGGCGCCAGCCAUCCACCUCAAGCUACAAAAACACAGGGAGCUCGCCAGGAAAGCUCUUAAGAAGAAGGCUCUCUCACCGGGACCGCCUGUCAUGCAUCAGCCCAGACAAGGAGCCAAGAGAAAAGUCAAGUAUAACAAGGGCUACACUGCCUUGAGUCAACAUGCCGAGGAAACUUUGAUUGCAUUGGAUUCUGACAGCGAUGAAGAGAUUGAUUUUGAGCAGUGCUCCUCGGGCUACUCCUCGGCCGAGAUCCAUCCGGACUUGAGUAGGCAGCUGCUGCAAGACGGCUACCGGCUGGACGAGAUUCCCGACGACGAGGAUCUGGACCUGAUCCCACCCAAAGCCAUGGGUUCCUCCGUGUGUUGCUGCAUAGAAGCUCCGUCCUGCUGCACGCAGUGAAAAGCUGCUACGCUACUGCGGACCGCCAAAGCAGGUUUGUAGCGGCUGUUGGGAGGCCGGCGCACGCUACCUUCUUGCCUCCCUGAACCGGGGGUGUUUCCUACUCUGGAGCCGAGAGCGGGGCUUCUCCUCAACCGCAUCGGAUGGACGGCAAAAACAAACAAAACAAACAAAAAGCCUUAUCCACUGUGACUCCAAAGCUUGACCCUAUUUUUGUAUUUGUUAUUUUUUUUCAAACGUCUCACUCUGCUAGCACUACAAAUAGAGUGACUGGUGCGGACGUGUGGCAUCUGCAUGUUUCAUUUGCAAUUCUAACAUUCCCUGAUUGCUGUUACAUUAAUGUCACCUACUCCCACAUUAAUAACCUGAAUGGAUUUGAAUAGGAUAUUAAGUACACAUAGAGUGUAUGCAUGGGCUUGAGUGAUGCAUUUUUUUCUAGUUUAAAUGAAUACUUUUGCUGGCGUCGGGGUGAAACCGACAUUGAAAUGUGUUCUCUUAUCAAAUGAUUGACCCAUCUAAAGGGUUGAAAACGGCUUGCUCGCUUAUAUAACGAUGCCAUGCUAAUGGCUCAGUAAUCAUGCAUUUUUAUUUUUUAUUUUUUUUGUAGAAUAAUUAGUGGGCUUCAUUAUUAUGAUACUACCGAGGAGUAUUAGGGCCACAUUGCAAAGGGGAAAAAAUAUAUAUAAUAUGGCAAUUCAUUGAUUUUAGGAGGAAAACAAGCAGUUGAAUAUAAUAUACAAGUUAUAAUGCUACAAAAAAAAUUGGACUCGCAUUCCGACUUUUUUUUAUGACAUUAUGACUUUAUUCAUGCAACUUUACAACUUAAUGGUCAUAACAUUAUGACUUUACUCUCCUAAUAUUACAACCUACUUCCUUUCUUCCUCAUCACAUUAGGGCUUCAUUCAUGUAGCAUUACAACUUUGUUCUUAUAACAGUCCGGCUUUAUUUUCGUAACAUUACGAAUUUGUCAUAAGCGAAUGUCUGUAGUCUUGUAACAUAACUUUAUUCUAAUAAUGGAAUUUACUCUCUGAACGUUACAUCAGUCUCAAUGUUUAGGGCGUUCUCGCAAUGUCACAACGUUAUUCCUGCAACCGUACAACGUUACACUUGAAAUGUUAGGAAUUUGUUGUCACAAGAUUACGAGGAGACUCUCGUAACAUUGCAGUUUUAUUUUGCAUAACUUUACAAAUUUUUCAUCACGUUCCAAAUAUAUUUUGAGAAAGGAGGAUUUUUUUUUUUUCCUAGCAUUAGAAUUCUUGUAACAUGUCCCACUUUAUUCGCAUACCAAUUCAUAUUCUUCUAUUACAACUUUUUUGGGGUAACAUUAAGAUUUAAUUGUUUCGACAUGACAACUAUUCUAAAACUGAAUUCUUUACAACUUCAAUCAUGUACCUAAAUGCUUGCUCCAACUUUUUUCAUGUAACAUUAAGAUUUCAGGAUCAUGUUACUUUAUUUUCAUAGCAUUGUGACUUUAUUUAAUAAAUAUAAAACAUAAUUAUUGUCACCUUACAAAUUUAUAACAUAUUCUUGUAACUUUUCAACUUUUUAUACUCUCAAAUCUUUUUUUUUCUCAUCAUAUUACGUCGUCUUCUAACAUUGUAACCUCAUUCUCAUGAGGUUGCUUUCUUCGCGCAAAACUUUGGUAUUUUUUGGAUACCAUUGCAACUUUUUCCCCCUCGUAGUGUUCCGAUUUUUUUUUCUUGUCUGCGUAGCCCGGAGGGCACCUUCAUCGUCACCUCAAUCAAAUCGUUCACAUAAAUGUGCACUGUCUCCAAAAUACUUAAGCCAAUAAGUGAAGUAGCAAAUGCAGUGGGAUGGUCUCUGGCAUGUGAAAAUAAAAAAGUUAAUCUAAGUCUCAAACAACACGCUAUAGAUUGCUUGCAUUCAGCUUGGAAAAGAAGAGACAUUGUAGGGCUUUACACCAAAGGGGUUUCUGGUGAGUUGAGAAGCAAUGUUGCGUCAAGAGUUUUGCAUUGGCGCUAUAACUAGUAGAUGUAUUUAUUAUUUAUUUAUAACUUCCAGAGAUGGGAACAGCAGCAUUCAGAAAAGAAUUGCUGUAUGUCUUUUUUUCUUUUUUCAAUACAUUGUGUGACAAAUCUAUGGUUGCAACCGUUGGAAAUGUUUAUUGUGUGUGAGACCGAGAAAGGGCGAGCGCUUUGCCUUUUACUGUACAUUUGCGGAAUAGAAAGAGCAUUUUUCUCUAUGAGUGGUUGCAACCCGCAUAAGUUUCCUCUUGUCGUGGUGUUGGUUCUUCUCAUCGAGGGAAAGCACUUACUCUAUAAGCGACGGCAAAUGACAGCGUAAAACCAUUUAAAAUGACCUUCUGACGCAAUCAACGAACAAAUGGUUGAUGUUAUUCUGAGGGUAUGUGGUCUAGAAAAUGGAUGGGUGGAUUUUUUUUUUUUUUCGGGGGGCGCCCAAAAUAUGUAUACGCUUUUUUAUUUUUUUACAUUUACACUUGAACCAAAAUAACAUUUAUUAAAUAUCCUCCAACAAUGGAACAUUCCUCAAACUUUUGUAGAUCACCGCAACACAUAUUAGCGCACCACAAAAUUCAGAUCUGCAUCCAUCUCAAUGAACGCUUGUCAAAUGUACCUUGUGAUUGACUGCUGACCACUCCAGGAUCUACCCGAACACAGGGAUACCUGGACAGACAGAUAGGAAUAAAGUAGCAAUGUGACAAGUGGCUUCCUUUGCCAUCCUUGUGAAAUUCUCUAUUU